AAGUCGUCAGCGUAACAAUAAAAGCGGAAAAAGAAAUCAACUAACUGUACACAAUUUUUAUUCUGUUUUGAGUAUUUAUGAUGAUUGAUGCAGAAGACAUACGUCUUUUCAUAGAUGGGUUGACACUUGAUGUUAAUGUUUUUAACUUUGAACAGCUUGUUACAUUUCCUGCCGCUUUCAGUGACCUUGGUAAAGUUAAUAAAGUUAGUGAUGCUAAGUCUGUGGAACUGGAACGCCCAUGUGGAAAGUUAAAGGACUUCAUCAAAAGAAUAUCUGACGAUUUUAGUAAAGAUGAACAACUACAUAAAAGCGAAGGAGCAAAAAGAAAAUCAGUGUCAUCAGGUGAUGGCCACAUUGCAAAGCAAAGGAAAGGAAAUCAGGAGAGAAAGUUUGUUAAGGAUAAUGAACCUGAACAGGAGCUCGAUUUACAUGGAGAUGAAGCAAAAGAAACAAUUAAACAGCUCAACAACUUCUUUGCAAAAGAUAAUUUGCUUCAGCUGGAAAAAGUCUUAGAGAAGUCAAGAGAUAAAGCUGAGUUAGAGAUUGGUCUAGGAAUCCACAUUAUUUCAAAACUUGCAGGGAUAGCAUGUACAUGUGAAAACAAGAGUAAGCUUUCAUGCCCAUGUGGAUGUGGCCAGUAUCUUCAAGGAAAUGACAAGAUGUGGAUUGGUUCAGACACCACUUGGUAUGGAGAACUGGACAUAAUAUCUGGAAGUCCAACCAGCGGCGACACUGUAGCAAUAACUGUGGCAAAUGAGUUGGAAAGUUCAGAGGUGGAGGACGAUGAUGACGACGAGGAAGAAUAUAUAGGGGAGGAGAUGGAAGACGUGUCAGAUGGAAUUUCUGGAGAUUUCCCAAAUGUGGAGUCGAAAUUUUCAGGAACAAAUCAGAGAAUCAACCAAACUGUGGCACAAGCUGUUGUGUUUGCUUUUACAGAAUACAAUCGCCAUAGAGAGAAAGAGGAUUGUAUUCCAUCAAUAAUAAUUGAUAAGAACUGUUUCCGUUUUGUUAUAUACAACCCUGUUGAUGACAAGUUGGUUGUAUCUAACUUAAUAAAUUACAAGAAAAAAGAAUUUAAUCCCAAAAAUAUUUUUAGAUCAAUUUUAGUGCUUUGGAUAAUUCUAAAUCACAGACUUUUUUUUGCAAAGUCACCAAGUUCUCUCCAGUUUUAUUUAAAAAGUGGGUUUCAUGAAAAGAUGUCGCACAUACAUAAUUAUAAAAAGUUGAAUGACUAUUCAAAACAUAUAGUUUGCAGAUCUAAAAACAAAUUUGAUAGUUAUGAUGAUUCAAUAAAUGCAGUUGAUUUAGAAACGUAUGAAUGGUUCAUGCAAAAGCUGUAGAAAAUUGUGUAAAAAAGUAGGUAAUGUCAUUCAAGCCAAUUUAAAGCGGAGUUUUGACGUCAUUUUAGUUGGUCAUCCAUAAGCAAAUAACUCCACCCACUAAGUUUAAGGGGAAACAUAUUGAUGUUGUUUGUCCUGUCUCGAUUGAUGUCACAUAGUUUUCAUUUUUUAGCUCACCUGAGCACGAAGUGCUCGAGGUGAGCUUUUGUGAUCACCCUGUGUCCGUCGUCCGUCAUCGUCAACAAUUUGACUGUUAACACUCUAGAGGUCACAAUAUUGGCCCAAUCUUAAUGAAACUUGGUCAGAAUGUUACACUCGAUAAAAUCUUGGACGAAUUCGAUAUUGGGUCAUCUGGGGUCAAAAACUAGGUCACCAGGUCAAAUCAAAGGAAAAGCUUGUUAACAGUCUCUAGAGGCCACAUUUAUGACCAUAUCUUAAUGCAACAUGGUCAGAGUGUUAAUCUUGAUGCUUUAGGUCAAGUUCAGAUCUUGGUCAGGUGGGGUCAGAAACUAGGUCACCAGGUCAAAUCAAACGAAAAGCUUGUUAACACUCUAGAGGCCACAUUUAUGACAAUAUCUCUGUGAAACUUGAUCAGAAUAUUAAUCUUGAUGAUCGUAAGAUAAAGUUCAAAUCUGGGUCAGGUGGAUUUGAAAAUUAGGUCACCAGGUCAAAUCAAAGGAAAAGCUUGUUAACACUCUUGAGGCCACAUUUAUGACCGUAUCUUCAUGAAUCUUGGUCAAAAUGUUAACCUUGAUGAUCUUUAUGUCAGGUACGAAUCUGGGUCAUGUGGAAUGUGACCUACUUUCUUGGUUUUAGCUCACCUGAGCACGAAAUGCUUUUGUGAUCGCCCUAUGUCCGUUGUCUGUGGUCACCAACAAUUUGACUGUUAUCACUCAAGAGGUCACAAUUUUGGCCCAAUUUUAAUGAAACUUGGUCAAAAUGUUACCCUCAAUAAAAUCUUGGACGAGUUUGAUAUUGGGUCAUCUUGGGUCAAAAACUAGGUCACCAGGUCAAAUCAAGGAAAAACUUGUUAACACUCUUAGAGGCCACAUUUAUGACAAUAUCUCUAUGAAACUUGAUCUGAAUGUUAAUCUUGAUGAUCUUUAAAUAAAAUUCAAAUCUGGGUCAGGUGGGGUCAAAAACUAGAUCACAAGGUCAAAUCAAAGGAAAAGCUUGUUAACAC